AUGAAGUGUGUGGUCCUGUUGGCGGUGCUUGUGAUCGUGGUACCAGAGACCACAGGAUGGGGGAGGAACGAUUUGGCAAGACGACACUACAGGGUUUCAAAGGAACUCCACGCACUGAAGAAGCUCAUCCCAACCCUCAAUAAAGGGAUAAAGGGUGAGGAUGGACCCAAAGGAACAAAAGGGCCCACAGGAGAUAAAGGAACAACGGGACCUCAGGGGAACCAAGGCGCCAAGGGGGACAUCGGAUUCAAAGGUGAAAAGGGGAGUCCAGGUCCGGUGGGCAAUAAAGGUUCUAAAGGUGAAAAAGGAUCCAAUGGCGCGCUUGGGGAGAAAGGGGUGCAAGGACAAAAGGGGGAAACUGGAGGGGUUGGGGCCGCGGGUGACAAGGGCGAUAAAGGAGCUGGCCAGAAGGGAGAGUCCGGUUCUGGAGGACAGAAAGGGGAAAAGGGAGCAAACGGAUCGGCAGGAACAAAUGGAGAGAAGGGAGAACCUGGUCCUCAGGGGCUUAAAGGAGACAUGGGAAUUAAAGGGGACACCGGUAGUGCUGGACAAAAGGGAGUUAAGGGAGAGAAGGGACAGAAGGGAGAGAGGGGAGCUACCAAGGGGGAGCCUGGGACUACAGGUCAAAAUGGGGAUCCAGGAGACAAAGGGACCACGGGUCCACAAGGAGCUCAGGGAAACAAGGGGCAGCUCGGUGCCAAAGGUGAAAUGGGUAGUCAAGGUCCACAGGGAACUGCGGGAACACAAGGUUCACAAGGCCUCAAGGGUGAAAAGGGCGAUAAAGGAGAACCGGGUCAAGUGAAGGGGGAACCCGGAACAAGUGGAAACAAAGGGAGCAAAGGCGAUAAAGGGACGGGUCAGAAGGGAGAGCCCGGUUCUGCAGGACAGAAAGGGGACAAGGGAGCAGAUGGGACGGCAGGAACAAAAGGGGUGAAAGGGGAACCUGGUCCUCAGGGAGUGAAAGGUGACUUGGGAAGUAAGGGGGACACGGGUAGUGCUGGACCGAAUGGAGAAAAGGGAGAGAAAGGACAGAAGGGCUUAAAAGGAAAAACUGUAGGUCCUCCUUAA